AUGUGCAGAGCGCCGGAUCGCAGAGGUGGUCCACGUGCUUUGCUUGCUGGGGCUGCCGGAGCGUGGUUGCUAUAUCAAAAGUCUUUAGAUGGACAUGGCGCCCCAGUGAAUUUUACAUCGGUGUCUGCGCCCGCACCUAAGUUUGGCUACACGAGACCAGGAGUGUCACAAAGACUGAGCACAUCCAGGCCGCGUUUGGACUUGCGGAGCAGACAUGGAGAACGUGGAGCCAUACUGCAAAGAGGCUACAAACAAAGUCCAGCCUUGAGCGCUCUUCUGGGGCUUUGCUUGGGAAUUGUCGUGUUGUUUUCAGGCGCCAAGGUGGCAGCUGCAGCGGGUGCGACCAGGCCUCACCUGGGUGUCCGUUUGGCCAUGAAGAUGAAAGCCUGCUGCGCCCUUCCAGACUGGGCCAUCCUGAUACUGCUUUCAGCUCUUCCUUUGGUCGAGCUGAGAGGUGGCGUCCCAGUCGGCCUUUGGAUGGGACUGGCAGUACCGCAGGUUAUGCUGCUUUGCAUCCUUGGCAACAUGAUCCCCAUACCAUUGCUCCUAGCUGCUCUAAGGAGUGAAAGUAUAAAGAAGUUUCUGACUCCACUGCUAGAUCGAGCAGCUCAGAAGACAGAACCAAUUGGAGCCCAUGACAGAUGGGUUGGAAUAGCAGCAUUCGUGGGAGUUCCACUUCCUGGAACUGGUGCAUGGACGGGGGCAAUGGUCGCUUAUUUGCUUGGUAUGGGCUUGGGUGAGGCCAUUACAUCCGUCUUGGCCGGUGUUAUUGUGGCAGCUUGUAUCAUGGCGUCCCUCACCCUUGCUGGAUGGUAUGGAUGCGCUGUGGUGGUAUUGGUUGGUGUCGUUGCUUUAGUGAGCCGCUGGCUGCAGUUGCGGAAAGGAGCCCAAAAGUGGAGUCAGUUGAAGUUGCAGGGCCCCAAACGUGACGCUGCAAUGAUCACAGAUGAAGUUCUAGAAGAUUACAUCUCCGCCGUGUCAACAAAGAUCUGGCAGCAGAAGCUCAACCUUCGACCUCUUGAAGGACCCAAACGACAGAAGGCCCGUGGAGCCAUUGGACAGCCGAAGGCCAGAGCCAUGCUGUCGCUGGUGCCGCUGCUGGUGCAAAAGAGGUUGGAACUGGAUGCAGAGUGCCCGCCCCUUGAGGAUAGCCGUGGAGCUGGUGAGGGCAAAGAUGCCAAAGGCACCAACGACACCAAAGAUGGUAAGAAGAUGGUGGUGGUUCAUGUCGGUGGAGUACCACUGACAUUGGCGUGGCGCCACGCCCUGGGGACAUGGAUUGACCAAAGCCGGGUGAGAAACCCUCAGCUCUGCCUGGCUGACAAGCUCUGGAUCACCCCCAUCCCGAUGGAGCAGCGGCAUCAUCCGAUUGAUUUCGCGCAAUUGCCAGGGCCAGAAGAGGCUUGGAAGAUCAUUGUCAUUUGUGGGGACACCGCCUCCGGCAAGACAGCAGCGCUACACUCAGUGGCAAAGCACUACGGUUUGUGCUGCCUUUUGUCAACGCCUCAGCUGGAGUUCGCAGCGGCGAAAGCCAUUUGCUCUUACGAAGAACUGCAUGGCGGAGAUGCCAGCUGCGUGUCCAAGAGAUUCCAGGCAGUAGCUAUGCAUUCGCUGCCCACACGAGUGAAGCCUUUCCACGUCCUAUCCCAAGGGGAACAGGAACGAUUUCUGGUGGCGACAACAUUGAAAGAAGGAGCACGUGGCAGCAUCCACGAUGACCGUUUUGCAAUGGUCGAUUCAGAGACUGCUCAGUCCAUGUCCACUGCUCUCCAUCGGUACUUGUGCCAACAUGAUUGCGGACGGAUGCUGCUAGCCACCUGCAACACGUCCGUGCUGCCCUUCUUGCAACCCGACGUUGUGAUUGAACUGAUGCCUGACAAGGCAGUUGUGCACCGAAACCCGAAUUGCACACCUUCGCUGACUCUGAUGAGGCCUCAAGUGUCCAUCGACUCCCAGGUGGAGUUCUUCGCCAGCGGCAAGGGCGGUGGAUGGCGUGGCCCAGAAGACUCCUUGGACACCAUGCUCUUGCAGCCCUGUCGUGGCAAGAAGAUCAAUGAUGCUGCUGUGGCAAAGGAAUACUCAGUGGAAGUGUCCCUGGACAAGUUCACACAGGAGGUUUCAAAGGCAUUUGACUUCACCUUCCACGGAACAAUCACGCAGAAAGUCUUCAUAUUGAAGUGUGAAGCCUUGAGCUUCAAGUGGAGCAUCGGUGCCAUCAUCGGUCCUUCAGGCUCUGGCAAGACCACGAACUUGAAGCACUUUGGGGAAGGUUUGUCCUUGGAGUGGAGCACUUCGGCAUCCGUUUGGGACCAGCUUCCAUUUGUGGGCGACAAGAAGAAACUUCUGGAGGCUGUGACGCUGCCUGAAGCGGUCGCUGCACGCUGCUUCCACCAGCUAAGUGCUGGCGAGCGCAGCCUUGCGGAGCUCGCGCGCAGCCUGUGUGGCAACGCCAAUGUCAUCGCAGUUGAUGAAUUUACAUCUUUGCUGGACCGGCAUCGAGCAUAUGAGGUGUGCAAGAAUCUUCAUCUUUUUGUGCUCGAAAGGGGCAUUCAGCUGGUCGUUGCCGGAUGCCACAAAGACAUCAUUGACUGGCUCAGGCCCACGUGGAUUUUCGCAGCAGAAAGUGGUGAGCUCAUCCAGCGGAAUGAUUUCACAUUGGGACUUCCGCCUCCGCGUGCAGAAGUAUCCUUUGAGGUGCCAAAGAUUGAACUGACCAUGCGACGAAUUUCAACGAACAGGGAAAGUGCAGACAUCUUCCGCAGGCACUUUGCCACUCACCACUACAUGGAGGGCAGACUACCGUUCAACAUCUAUGGCCUCUUGGUCAGAACGGCCAAUGGAGAGUUGGUGGGGUAUCACGGUGUCUCUCAGCAACCCGGGGCAAUCCACGAUGCUAUGAGAGAGACGCGCCUGGUCGUGCUGCCGCGCUUCCAAGGCCACGGCAUCGGGCCAAAGAUCAGCACGAUGGUGGGCGCGCUGAUGAAGACAUCAGGAAUGCGUUUCUUCUCCAAGACUUCGCAAGAAGCGCUGGGCAUGCAUCGAAUCAAGGCAAACCACUUGUGGCGCCCAACCACUACAAAUCUGAAGAUAAGCAAAGGAAGUUUGGGGGAAGGCUUCUCCAAGAAGCGCAUGAAAAGAGAAGCUGCCAAGAAAAAAGAAGCUGAGGGAGAAGGUGAUUUGGCCGGCGGUGCCAGCUCGGCAGGCCCAAGUGAAUUGUGUGACGUCGACACUGACUGCAAGGCUUGUGCUCGCGAGAGAGCUGAGCACAAGUUGCGCGGUCGGCCUCCAAAGCACACCUGCGGUCGCCCCCCGGCGCGCCCAACGAGCCCAAGACGCCCAGCUGAGAAACGAUUGGUGGAGCGACUGUGCUACUCCCAUGAGUAUGUAGGGCCAGCACGUCCACAGAAGCAUCCGCGGAGUGAUGUGGACGAAGAGAUGCAGGCCACCAAGCUGUUGAAACUCAUGACGGAGACCAAGCUUGGACUUCCUGAGUCAGUCGAGGUCAGGUGUGUCCUGACUCCUCACGGCGAGUGUGUCAUCGCCAACCACCAGGCUUUGUGCCUUUAAUGAUGCUUAGUGGCUUAGUGCAUCUUAGUGCAAUUAGAUGCAAUUACGAUUGUCACAUUGCCCUGUCAGCGGUCCUGGUUUCAAAUGGCCUGUGCAACCUGCUGAAACAUGCUGAGACAACAAAAACGAACAUCCCGCAACUUCCUGUAUUGCAAGUGCACCGGCGCUGUACGGCCGUGGCAGGGUUCCUGUUUCGGGGUUCCGUUGCCGUGUGCAGCGGGGAAUUACAGAAUUUUAUAAGGCUGCAUUCUUUCGUCAGCCAAGUUUGAUGGCACUUUGCUUCACCAUGUGAGUUCAGGGUUCAGUCUUGGCUUGAAACAGGUUGAGU